UCUGCACACGGAGGGAGCCGAGCUUCGAAGGACCCCGACCAAGGGUUCUAAUUGGCCUCGUUUACCAGGACCAUUGAUCAGUUUGACGAGGGAACAGGUCGGAGGGACGCGACACGCUCUCACAUGGCGUCGAGGGCGGGGAAGGAAGAGUCGGCGAAAUCGGCAGCGUCGGAGCAGCUCCGUCAAGCCAUUGAAUCCACCUCCAGUCUCCUCCACCUCAUGCAGCAGUCCUCCUCCUCUCAGAAACGGUUGGCGAAGCUGCCGAGGAACCUUCUCGAAAAGGCCUCCACGGUUAAGAACACAGGACAGGUUUUGCAUCAGAUGCCUCGCAUAAUUUCAGCUUUAGACGCAAAUUUGGAGAACGGAUUACACAGUGCUCCUCACCUGAAACCUGUUAUUCAACUGCUUGAAAACAUGGAAGAAAUUUGUCAUUCGAGCACCGAAUCACAGAUUCGCAUAUCCGAGGAGUGCUCCAAUUGAUAUUUCAAAGGUCAAAAGGAAGGAGCUGAAGUACAAAGUAAAACUUGUGUUCUGCUUUUGAAAAGUCACUAGGCUUUGUUGUAAGCAAGUGGAAGAACUGCCCAUCCUAUUGAAUCUAUUGCUACUAAAGUAAGAAACUCCCUAUGCGUCAGUGGGGAAAUGUAAAUACUUUUGUUGUAUCAUACAUGAGCCGGAAAAAAAAAGGUAGCUUCAUCUGUCAUAACAUACCAUGAUUGUAUCAGGCUCUUAGCAUGCAUUGUAUUUACGGCAGUGACAAUUGAUAUUUGCAUCUCAGGAGCAUUUUUGA